AUGGCACCACCAGCUGCAGCAUCAGCCAGACAAUCGGCUUCGGGUCGUGAACGCAAUUUCAAAGACAAGGACAAGCCAGACAGUGUUCGCAACAGCAAUAUUGUCGCUGCCAAAGCUGUCGCUGAUGCCGUCCGUACCUCAUUGGGUCCACGCGGAAUGGACAAAAUGAUUCAAUCUGGAAACGGAGACGUCACCAUUACCAAUGACGGAGCUACCAUUCUCAAUCAAAUGAGCGUUAUUCAUCCAACCGCUAAAAUGCUUGUCGAACUUUCCAAGGCUCAAGAUAUCGAAGCCGGAGACGGUACUACAACUGUUGUUGUUAUGGCUGGAGCUCUUCUUGAUGCUGCUCAAAAUCUUCUUUCCAAGGGAAUUCACCCAACCACGAUCUCGGAAUCAUUCCAAAGCGCCGCCACUGAAGCUGAUAAGAUUCUCGAAGAAAUGAGCUCCCCAGUAGAUUUUUCAAAUGACGCUCUUCUCAACAAGAUGGCCACAACUUCUCUUAACUCGAAGGUAGUCUCCCAGCACUCCUGGCUUCUUGCACCAAUGGCCGUGACUGCUGUCAAGAAGAUUAUUAACUCUGACACCGAUACAAAUGUCAAUUUGAAAAUGAUCAAGAUCAUCAAGAAGAUGGGUGACACUGUUGAAGAAUCCGAACUCAUCGAGGGAGCUCUUAUCGAUCAGAAGACCAUGGGACGUGGAGCACCAACAAGAGUCGAAAAGGCUAAGAUUGGACUCAUUCAGUUCCAGAUUAGUCCUCCAAAGACUGAUAUGGAAAAUCAAGUUAUCAUCACCGACUACGCCCAGAUGGAUCGUGCAUUGAAAGAGGAGCGUCAGUACUUGUUGGAGAUUUGCAAGCAAAUCAAGGCUGCUGGAUGCAACGUUCUUCUUAUCCAAAAGAGUAUCCUUCGUGACGCCGUCAACGAACUUGCUCUCCACUUUUUGGCUAAAAUGAAGAUCAUGUGCAUCAAGGAUAUUGAGCGUGAGGAUAUCGAAUUCUACUCAAGAAUUCUCGGUUGCCGUCCAGUCGCUUCUCUCGAUCACUUCAAUGCUGAAGCUUUGGGAUACGCUGAUCUUGUCGAAGAAAUCCCAACAGGAGGAGACGGAAAGGUUAUCAAGGUAACUGGUGUUCAAAACCCAGGACAUGCCGUCUCAAUUCUCCUCCGUGGAUCAAACAAGUUGGUUCUCGAGGAGGCUGACAGAUCUCUCCAUGAUGCUCUCUGUGUUAUUCGAUGCCUCGUCAAGAGAAAGGCUUUGUUGCCAGGAGGAGGAGCUCCAGAAAUGGAAAUCGCUGUGAAGCUUCGUAAUCUCGCUCAAACUCAACAUGGAGCUAAACAAUACUGCUGGAGAGCGUUCGCCGAUGCACUUGAACUAGUUCCAUACACGCUCGCCGAGAACGCUGGAUUGUCGCCAAUUCACACUGUCACCGAGUUGAGAAACAACCAUGCCAAUGGAAACAGCUCCUACGGAGUCAAUGUCCGAAAGGGAUACGUCACUGAUAUGGUUGAAGAAGAUGUCGUCCAACCACUUCUUGUCACCGCAUCCGCCAUCAAGCAGGCAUCUGAAUGUGUGCGAUCAAUUCUUAAGAUUGAUGAUAUUGUAAUGUCCGUUCGCUAA